CAAUUUAUUUAGAAUGAAGGGAAAUUAAUAGCAUAUGGUAGGAGUCGAAACUUAGUGUUCAAGGUACAAGAAACGAUAAAGUUUUUUUUUUUAUCUCACUUUUCAUAUGGUUUUCAUCUGCAGAAUGGCGCCAGUGAAGUCUUUAUUAAAAGUUGCCGUUAUUGGUGCUGGAGCUGCCGGCUUAUGCUCUGGGAGGCAUUUGAUAGAGGAAUCUGACAGUUUUGAAUUUGAUAUUUUUGAAAAACAAGAUGAUGUUGGUGGUACUUGGCGAUAUUCAGAACGAGUGGGGAAAGAUGAGUUUGGCCUACCCGUUCAUUCUAGCAUGUAUAAAAACUUGAAUGUUUUAUUUUCAAACAGGACAAAUUUACCAAAGGAGACAAUGGCAUUCCCUGACUUCUCCUUUGGAAACUGCGAUGGUCAAUCUUUUAUUCAUCAUACUCAAGUAUUAAAAUAUUUGGAGCGUUAUGCUGAAUAUUAUGGUCUUUACAAGCAUAUCAAGUUUCAUAAGUUAGUGGAAAAUGUAAAACCUCUAAAACAGUCAGAAGAUCGUGUGGAAUGGUCUGUCAGCUAUUCUGAUAUCAUUUCUAAGGAAAUAGAGACAAAAACGUAUGAUGCAGUUAUUGUCUGCAAUGGUCACUACUCAGUUCCUCACAUACCCGGAAUUCCUGGUCUCAAGGAUUUUAAAGGAAUCCUUAUGCAUAGUCAUGAAUAUCGAGAAGCUUCUGAUUUUAAGGAUCUGAGAGUUGUAAUUCUGGGAGCUGCAUCAUCUGGUGUAGACAUUGCUAUUGAAGUCUCUCGUGAAGCUAAGGAGGUAAUUUUGAGCCACAAUUUACCUCCUAAGGAGUGUCCUUUACCAGAAAACUUGACUCAAGAAAGAGGUAUUGAUUCAGUUCAGAAUAAAUCUGUAACUUUUAUUGGCGGGAAGAGGUAUGAAUGUGAUGCUAUAAUUUUAUGCACCGGCUACUCAUACGAUUACCCAUUCCUCGAUUCCAUUUGUAACCUUCAUAUUGGAGAUCAGCAUGUAUCACCACUAUACUUGCAUACAUUUCAUAUCGAUUACCCCACUCUGGCAAUACUAGGUGUACCAAAAAUAAUCCUUCCAUUUCCUAUAUUUGAUCAACAAGUUAGAGUUAUUGUAAAACAUUUCAAUGGAACAAUCAAACUACCCUCUCCAGAGGUCAUGAGGGCAGCUGAAAAGGGGGAUUUUGAAAAGAGAUUGGAGAGUGGCUUCAAGCCAAGACAUGCACAUAUUAUGCCUGGUCAGUGGCAAUGGGACUUUGAUAAGUCCCUUUGUGAGCUAGGCCAACUAGAACCUGUAUCAGAUGUUGUUGUAAAUUUAUAUAAACAUGUUCAUCAACUGAGGAUGAAAGAUUUAGUGAAUUAUAAGAAAGUAAAUUUUUGUUUAAUAAAUGAUAAAACGUUUGUUCAAGUUGAAUAAAUUUAAGAUAAAUGUAAAUUAGGGACGUUUAAUUGUAUAUUUUUUCAUUUAUUUCUUACAAGAAAUUAUGAGGCAAAAUUAAUGGUCACCACGGGGCGACUAAGUGUAAGAAAUGGUGAUGAGAAAAUUGUUAGUCAGUCGCCACUCGAUCAUCACUUUUUUUGUCGAAAAUGCACCCUUUGUGCAUUUUAUUAUUAUUUUUUUUAAAAAUAUGGAAUUAUUAUGAAUAUUUUAUAAUAUACGGAAAAUUAUCUUAUUUGAUGCUUAUUUUUAAAAUUUUUCUUCAAUUUUAAUCAUAAAUCUUGUAACGUUUACCAUAUUUUAAGGAAUGCUUUAACAGAAAUGACUUUGUAUUAUUAAUUUAUAAACAGUUUUUUAAUAGUUUAAACUUUUUAAUUUUUGAAUAAAUGAUCACGGUUAAAAAUGAAGCAAAUGCCAAGCAACUAAAUACUUUUUUUUCUUUACAAGUAAUUUUUUAAAUACCCUGUGGUUGAAACAUUUUAUGUAUUGUAUAUUCAUCAUAAUAAUUGGUGCUACAGCCUUUGAAAGGCCUGAUCUUCAGAACAUUUAGCCAUUCCAUAUGACUAGUUGUUCUUUUUCCAAUUAGUAACUCUCAGUCUCUUCCAAAGUUGUCAUGAUUUAAAUCACCUAAUUUUUUUUAAAAAAAUCAUUGAUUUAAACCACAUGAAUUUUUAAAAAAGUCAUUAAUUUAAAUCACCUGAUUUUUUUUAAUCAUUGAUUUAAGUUAAAAAUAUUGUAUCCAGUAUAAAAGUAUUUUAUCUAAUAUGAUAUUUUAUCUACUUAAAUAUACUCUUGAGGGUGUGAUAUUUUUUAAAGUCUGGUUUCAGUAUUCAAGAUUAUAUCUGGAGUAAUAAUCAGAGGGAAAUGUUUGUAAAUUAGUAUUGCAUAUUCAAAAUAGACUAAUAAAUAAUUAAAAGGAAUUCAGAGAUAAAAGUAGCAUGAAACUUAAACAGUAUUUAAAAUAACUGCUGCUUAGUACGCAUAUUUUCAUGGUACUCAUUUAAUUUUAUGUUUUAAUUAAACACAAAUACUUUCAAAACUUGUUCUGCCGAGAGCAAUUUUAAAACUAAUUAUUUUUUAUUUGUCUUAAUUUACGUUAAUUUAUUGUGCAUUUAACUAAUAAAGUGUGUGUUUGUCUUUAUAAAUGGAUGUGGGUGUCGCACUUGAAUAAAGAUAAAUUUUAUUUUAUUUAUUCCUUGAUUAGUUUGUAAUAACUUCCACAGUUAGAAAUAUACAGCACCGUAGUCAUUAAAUGAACUUUGAUAAUUUUUUUUUUACAAAUUAGUCUAAAUAUAUUUUAUUUAUUUUUAAAUUGAUUUCCCUGUUCUCUUAAAUUGAUUUUAUUUUUAUUUGAUCUCUGUCUUAUUUUCCGUUGUCCUCUGUAUCUAGAUCUGAUUGUUUUUCUUGAAGAAGUCUUGUUGUUCUUAGUUUUAGUCUCUUUCUUGACCUAUUCAUUAUAUUACUCUUAUCUCUUAGACAAUAUCUAAUUCUUUUUAACAAUCAGAAAUCACAGAUUUCUUGAUUUAUUUUGUAUCAACUGUUUUCACCAAUUGUUCCUUCCUCAACUGCAUUUUCUUCCUUACUUUCAACAACUUUUCUGAGGCAUCCAAAAUAAUUGAUCUAUUGAUAAUAAUUUUUCAUGCUUUAGCUUUCAGUAUGAUGAUUCGAACUUCUUUUGUAUUUUAUAGUACUUACCAGCUUGUUCUUAUUACAAAAUUCACUUCAUUUUGAUCAUUUAUUUGAGUGCUGAGAUAAUUGAACUCAUUAGCUCUCUCAAAAAUUUCUUCUUCUUUCUCUUCAGAUUUUAUCGUAUAUUUUGUCUUUGCAGCAUUAAAGGAUGGACCCCUUCUUUCAGAAAUGUAGCAGAUCAUAAAAGCACUUACUUGCUGGGUUAUUGUUUUUUAAUUUGUGUAAAAAUUUCACCAUUUAUUUUAUUCAAUGAAUUUAUUUUUCCAUUCAUACUAGCAGAUAAAUUAUGUUCUAUUGUAUGGCAAAACAUUUAAAACAUUUGUAUUCUUUGACUUCAAAAAAAUUGAGAAUCCAGGUUAUAGCUUUUGAUUAAAUUUUCUUUCCAUAACAAGUUAAAAUGUUAUUUUUUGAAAAUUUUAUGCGGUUUACUUUCUUCUAAAAUUGAAAUGUGGAUAAUCAAUUUGAUUGUUAUCAGGUAUUGAUUUGUAAAUUCCAUUUUUUAUCUUGUUAACAAAAUAUCUUGUU